GCAAUAGUUCAGUCAUUCGAAAAUCCCCACUCGCUGCAGUCCCUUUCGAUCGAAAUUCCGGUUAACAAGAACAGGUAAAAAAAAUAUCAGAAGCCCCCAAAAAUCUAGCAAAUCAAAAGAACAGACAAAAAGGCCAAAUCUCAAGAACCCCCAAAAGGAAAUAGGUAAUAUAACGGUUUGAUUAUGAACCCGUUUCGACCACGUCACAAUGCGAAUCACCAUCAUCAUCGCGCCCGCUUGAAUCUGGACCGUUUGCCCGGCGAUGUGGAUCGCCAUGUGGAGAGAUCGGCGGAUAGGUCCGUGGAUAGGCGACUACGGCUCACCCAAAUGCCGGCGAUUCGAUUGCGUCUCGACCGUCGGCCGGACCUGGAGCGUUUCAUGAUGAACAUGCGUAUUCUUCUGCAGCGCCAGAGGGCCAACUUCAAUCUGGGAGCCGGCGAUGGUGUCUACGUGUGGAAUUGGCGCGAGCCCCCGAUGGCCACCGGUCUGAUGGGCGAGGGCGAUGGCGAGGGCUAUGGCGAUCUGAUUGCCGAGCCGGAGGCACCACUACCACCACCACCACCACCACCGCGUGCCUUGCCGCCCAACGCCUAGGAUCCGGAAACUGGAUCUACAUAUGCCCAUCCUAUCCACCCCUAUCACCACUGUAUCCUGUCUCUCAAUCUCUCCUGUGUGUGGUGUCCUUUUUUUCGUUUCCGAGCGUUGUUCCCCAACAA